AUGCAUGGCUGCAGGGCUUGGCUUGCGAAGGGAGGAGAUCUCGAUCUGCGGAAGCCUGGGCUCCUUUGUUCAGGAGAGGGGCGCGGCGGCGGCAGGGGGGGUCGGGCAGGAGAGGUCCGUGACGUCAAACAAUUAAGUCCUGACUAUUUGAUAAAAAGGAUUAAUUCAAAUCAAAGCCUUUGGCAAGGAGGAGGAGGGAGGCAAAGCCCCCCGCCGCAGUCAGUGAAAGAGGAGAGAAAUGGGCCCUUGCGGUGUGCGUUUGGGCAGGUCAUAACGCCGCUGAUUACAAUCAAGGACACUUAG